AUGGCAGACUUCGAAACAUCGGCCGUACUGUAUCGUAACCUGCACAACAAGUUCCUCCGGCUGUAUAGAGGAAAAGGUAGCACCUUGUAUCUGGAAGAUGGCCGUCAGAUCCUCGACGCCUCCGGAGGUGCUGCAGUUGCUUGUAUUGGCCAUGGCGACCCCCGAGUCAAGGAUGCCAUCGUAGCACAAUUAAACAAGGUAUCUUAUUGCGCAAGUACCUUCUAUACCACCGACGUGUGUGAGGAGCUAUGCCAGGAGCUUACCAACUCGACAAACGGACACAUGACACGCGCGUAUAUUGUGAAUUCCGGUUCCGAGGCGAUGGAAGCUGCGAUGAAACUCGCGAGGCAAUUCUUCCUUGAGAAGAGCCCGGACCCAGAACCGGCAAGAUCCAAGUUCAUCGCCCGACACCACUCGUACCAUGGCACAACCUUAGGCUCGCUGUCGAUGGGGGGCCACGUGGUUCGUCGAGCCAAGUUCGAGCCCAUGCUGCUGGAUAACAUAUCGAGGGUUUCGCCUUGUUUCGCCUACCGGAACAAGGAUCCCAGCGAGAGCGACGAGGCAUAUGUGGCCCGGUUGGUCGACGAGCUGGAUAAGGAGUUCCAGAGGCUUGGACCAGAGACUGUCUGUGCCUUUGUAGCCGAGCCCGUAGUGGGCGCUGCACUUGGCUGCGUACCAUCAGUUCCCGGUUACUUCAAGGCAAUGCGAGCAGUGUGUGACAAGUAUGGCGCCUUGCUAAUCCUUGACGAAGUCAUGUCGGGAAUGGGUCGUACAGGCACUAUGCAUGCGUGGGAACAAGAAGACGUGGUACCAGACAUACAGACCAUAGGAAAGUGCCUCGGUGGCGGGUAUCAGCCCAUCGCGGGGGUAUUGGUGAAUCGCCGUGUCGUUGACGCCCUUUCUCAGGGUACCGCGGCCUUCGUCCAUGGGCAUACUUACCAAGGACAUCCUAUUACCUGCGCGGCUGCUCUGGAAGUUCAGAAGAUCGUCCGAGAAGAAGGACUGCUGCAAAAUGUGCGUGACAUGGGCAGCCUGCUUUCAGCUCGGUUGCAAGAGCUCCUGGGCAGCCACCCCAAUGUUGGCAAUAUCCGCGGGCGUGGUCUUUUCUGGGGAAUCGAGUUUGUCAAGGAUAAAUCAUCCAAGUCACCAUUCCCGGCCACCGAUAAUGUCGCCAUGGAGAUUGCAGAACUCGGUCUAACUGAGCCCUACGGCAUUGCAGUCUACCCCGGGUCUGGAACGAUCGAUGGUAUCAAUGGCGAUCACAUUAUCGUAUCUCCUCCGUAUAAUACCACGGUGGAAGAGGUGGAGAAGAUUGGACAGUUGCUGACCAUACCCUCUCCCUCAAACCACCUAACCUCAACAUCUGCAAUGGCUGUCGGACUGGCUAGUGGCCGCCAUGCCGCGGACGAGGAAGCGCGUGCAGAAGUUGAUGUACUCAAUUCGAGAUUGGAGAAGACUACCCAAUUGACCAAGAAGAUCCAAGCCUGUCUUGGUCGCCUCGAGGCAACGGGCAAGAGCGUGCGCGACGUGUCGGGACCUCUGAAUGGCGAAACAAAGAAGCUUCAAAUACUAGGAAACAACAUAGAUGCCGUAAUCACUGCCAUCGAGCGGUUGCGACAACCUGCCGAUUCCAAGAAUGACGAAGAGCAGAUCAUCCGCCAAGGCCCAGACAAGGCCGGCUUGUCCAACUACCUCAACUCGAUCCAGCGUUUAAACAAAGCUCUCGGGGACAUGCAAACAUCGAAUCUGCGGGCGAACCAACAGACCAUGGCCGAUCUCCAGCGCCUGAUCAAGUCGGGCAACACCCAACUUGAGAAUCAUUUCGACAAGUUGUUGAGAGGAGAGACACCGCGAUCGGUUGAGCCGCUGAAUUUCAUUACCAAGGACAAACCAUUCCCCCUCAUAUCUCAGGACAAGAUCGCCCGGUUGAGCUUGAUGAACUCGUACGUGGCGGGGAAUUCCAUGUCAGAGAACCCUCUAGUCAAGAUCUACGCCGAAGUGCGUGGCCCAUACUUGUCUCAAACGCUGGUCAACCUUGCCUAUGCUAGUGUCAACACGGCCAAGAAGAAGAGCCCGGAUGCCAUUUACCGAUCAGGCACAAAUGGAAUUGGCAUGUACGCCCAAGCCAUAGAGGGCUCGUGUGUUGCUGAGUAUGAGAACAUCUGCAGCAUAUUCAUGAGACAGGACUGGGGGGCCGUAUUGCAGUUGACCUGUCAAGCUCCGCUGGCGGAACUCGCCCGCACCAUACGGGAGCUCAACAAUCACAUCAAAUCACAUUUGAACACAGACUGCUACCUCGCAUAUGAGGUGACGGAAAUCAUGUCUAACCUAGCCAACAGGGUCGAAGAGCGGACAGGUGAGCUCAAGGGUACGCUGGCGGCUGCCUUGAAACCUGUUCGCGAGACGGCCAAGAUAUCACUGGCCGAGUUGCUCGACGACACCAAGCGCAAGGUGGGAUUACUGCAGACCCUUCCGCCGGACGGAGCCCCAAUACCUGUUGUUUCCGAGACGAUGCAACGCUUGCAGACAAUGGUAGAGUUUCUGCGGCCAAUCUCGAUGAUCAUGAUAUCGCUCGGCGACGGAGGAUGGAAAUCGGUAGCGGCCGCAAACCGUAGUUUGGACACCAUUCCGAGCCUUGCAUCGUUCGAUCCCGGCGCAGACGGUAAGGAGAUCUUCGCGCACUAUUGUACAGAUACAAUCGACGCCCUGCUCUUGGCCCUUGACCAGAAAGCAAGGAUGCUGCUGAAGGGGAAAUCUGUCGUUGGGGUCUUCAUCGCCAACAGUGUUACCAUCAUCGAACGCAUGGUCCGAGAUUCCGAUCUGGCGCCACUUUUGGAGGGCAGACUCGGCGUCCUGGACACUUGGCGUAAGAAGGCCACGGCCCUUUACACUGAUGCCUGCAAGGAGCUGUCAAUACACCUGUUUGAUGUUAUCCACACCAGCCGGACACAAAGGCCGCCCUCCGGAUCCAACGAGUCGGCCUCGAUCGUCAAGAGCCUUAGCAGCAAGGACAAGGAGAGCAUCAAGGGGAAGUUCCAGGCAUUCAACAGCGGGUUCGAUGACCUCGUUGCAAAACACAAGUCAUACAGUAUGGAGCGAGAGGUCCGACAGUUGUUUGGAAAGGACUGCCAGCAGAUGCUCGAGCCCCUGUACAACCGUUUCUGGGACCGCUACCACGAAAUCGACAAGGGGAAAGGCAAGUAUGUCAAGUAUGACAAGUCGUCCAUUUCGGCAGUUUUUCUCAGUCUAUUUUGA